UACAGCAUACAUAUUCCGAACUUGUUCUGUGUCAUUUACUGAUAUUUAUUUAAUCGCGUUUCCUGCACAUGAUGUGGUAAUUAAUUAAACAUGGACUUCUGGAUUUCAUGGAACCAUGGUACUCACAAUAUAAGUAAAGUUUACAUUUGACACCGGUUUACAAAAAAAGCCACGUUUCUUAAAGGUCACACUCCGUGAUUUACACUUUUCCUACUGUCGCCAAUAAAACUUGCCUAAAGUGGCGAUGUUGCUUAGGGCAGUUGACGAGUGAUUGGAAGACAAAGGAAAGGAUGAGGAGAUGCUGAGAGAUGGGAAAACACAAACGCUUGUGGAAGAUAAUACAAACCCUAUGGAUAUUCUGGGCUUUCUUCAUGCCGGGAAUCGGCGAUGCCGUCCUGGGACCCACUCUUCUGGACCUGGAGCUGCUGGUGUCCGAAGGGACUGGGAACUUCUCCUUCAUCAUCCUGUCCACUGGACUUGGCACAGUUCUCGGAUCCAUCCUGGCUCCUCUGUUCAGCGGCGUGGACGUGCGACUGCGUCUGUGCGUCACGCUGUUACUGGGAUCCGUCGUCAACAUCGUGCUGUCCUUGGUGGCCAGCUUCGCCUACCUCUUGGUGAUGUUCACCUUGCAGGGCAUCGCCAAAGGCGUUGUCGUUGUGUUUUUAAUUGAACUGUGCAACACUUUGUGGGAGGAAAAAGGCGUAGCUUUCCAGUUCAUACUUAGCGGAUCUAUGGCGGGAGCAGUUAUCGCCCCUCUUUUGGUGCAGCCAUUUCUGUGCCACAAGCAGCACAUACACGACGAUUUGACCUUGAACAGCGCCCUCUCUGACCGCAACCUCACAGAUUCCACACACAAUUUGACCCAGAAAGACACAUGCACAGCCGAGGAUACUCGCGUACAUCUAGCCUACGUGUUACUCGGCUGCAUCACUAUGCCGUGCGCACUGGCUUUUGGUUACUACUGGAUCCAGAAUGGAAAGGGGGAUAAUCCCGAAUCUGUUUCUCCUUACAGGUCUUUGGACUCUUCGGUAGAAGGCAACCACAAAUGUCUGUACUACGUUUUCCUCGUGUUUCUGUUUUUGUACUUUUUCCCGAUUAUGGGGAACGUAAUACUGUACGGUACGUUUCUGACGGCAUUUGGCGUUCAUAGUCGACUUCACAUGACCAAAGAGUCCAUGGUGAUGAUGACGUCACUGCUUUUUGCGUGUUCCCUGAUUGGACGGAUCUUUAACACAGCAGCGACGAAACUUUGCGGAACUCUGAAGAUAAUCGUCGUGAACGGUCUGGCGAUGCUGAUUACCAGCAUCUGUCUCGCGGUUUUGGGACCAAAGUAUGAAACAGCUCUGUGGAUCUGCUCGGCUGCUUUCGGCUUCUCAUCCUCUCCGUUUAUGGGGGCUGGAUUUGCUUGGACUGUGGAUCAUAUCACGCUGCGUCCGAGAAUUGUUUCUUUCUGUGUUUUUAGCAUCAGUGUCGGGAACAUGGUGCUCCCGUUUCUGGGAGGGAUUAUGUUCCAAAACCAAGGUCCCGUCACCUACAUCUACUUAGUUUGCUCCACUGUGGUGUUCCAGGUCAUUAUAUUUAUUGUGUUGUUUGGUGUAGCCAGGUUACUUCAGCAAACUGGUUCCCCGCUCAGAGACAACGAAAACGAAAUAAUUGUCGAGUCUGAACAAUAAAUAUUUUCAAAAGUGA